GGGAGGCGGAAGCGUGGUGGUUGCCGUGACAACGGCGUCCGGCCCGCGGCUCGGGAUCGGGUCGGGGGCCGUCACCUCCGGCCCGGCCCGGCCGCUCCAUGCCGCGGAAGGUGCUGCGCUGCGUCCUGCAGCUGGAAAUCCGCUCGAUAACUUGCCCUGGAGUGCUGUUGAAAGACAAAGAGGAGCUGUAUCUCAGUGUCUCUAUACUUGGGCAGUACAAAAAAACUCGAUGCGUCCCUGCGGCAUUUCCACUUUUGUUUCAAGAAAAACUAGUAUUUGAAAAGACAUUUGCUAAUAUAGUUGAUCCUGGAGACCUUGUGGAGUUGCUAGAAGUUGACACAGCAGUACUUGAACUAAUACAACUCGUUCCUCCAGUUGGAGAAAUUCUAGCUACUUAUGAAGAAAAUACAAGAGAUUUCCUGUUCCCUGACCCUAAGCUUACAAGUCGGCACCACGGUGUAGAUCGUGAGAUUUUAAUGAAGAGGUCCUCUUAUUUUACUGGAAUUGCACCAAAAUUGAGAUUUUCGACAAGCUCCCUUAUUACAGAAAGUCUGUUAAGCUCAGGAAGGAGUCACGUACAGGAUGAUUUGAAUUGGGUGCAUCACUCAACUCCAAAUGGAAAACUGCAAACAAAGUUACCAAAGAAAAACACGCUUUCACCUGAGAAAAGCAGGCACAGUGUAGCAAGAAAGAACUAUGAGCAGCCUACAAUAGCUUCCAAGUCACGUUCUCCAUCUCCAUACACAAAAAGACGAAUGUGUGAGCUGUCAGAAGAAGCCAGGCAACGACUGGCCCACUUAAACCUUGGUCCUUACGAAUUCAGAAGAGAAACUGAUAAACCUCCAUUUGUAGUUAGACGGGUAGAACAACCAAGUCCUGGUACUGAGCUUCAUGCCUGCUGUUCCCUGCGAGAAGGCACAAUGGAAUCUUGGUCCAAGGUAACACCUGGAAGAAUAAGAGCACUGAAUAACCCUACUGUUGCAAAAGGAUACAAUUUUUUUCUUUCUCCAGACCUUUCUCUUCUUGGCAGCUACAGACCCAAGAGAGCCAAAGCAAGAUCUACUCAUGGGAAAGACUGUGACAGUUCUUCUGGUGUUUGUAAUGAGGAUGUGAUCUCCGGUUCACCCAACAGGCUGGCCCGUUCUGGUGGUUCAUUAGUGCAUUCAGCACCUUCAGCAUUUCAGAAGCAUUCUCUAAAUUCUGUACUAAAUCGAUCUUCUCUAAGGGAAAGGUUUAACUCUGGUUGGCCUCCACCAGCAAAUGGAGAUGAGAUCCAUAAGAGAGUGAAAAAUAUUUUAAGGACACACAGUGCCAGACAGCGCCUAGUGUUUGAUGAAAGUAACUCAUCAAAAGGAAACUUGACUAAGACAAGGGAAUCUUCACAUAAAGCACGCUUAUCCUUAAGUGAUCUGCGGAGCAGUUCACCAAUGCAGCAGAACAUCACUGUUCACUUGGAUAAUGGUGAAUUCUGGUCUAACCGUGCAGCUGUAUGCAAAGGGAAGCCUCACAGAGCAAUCUUUGAAGACAGCCUUGGAAAAAUAUAUAGAAACAUGUACCGAAAAGCUUCUGGCACCAUUUCAGACCAAAAAGCAUACUCCUGAUAGCAAUUCAGCUGAAAAUGCACAGUACACAGUGUUGAUAUUUCUUACCAAAACUUUUUUUAUGUGACAAAUAUUUGUACUCUAUUUUUAAGAUGUAGUUAUGGCUGGGCAGGAUUUUGGAGAAAUGGAGUUUUGGUUGGGUAGCCAAAUGAAUGCUAUUAGCAGCACCCCCACCACCCCAACACCUCUGCUCCAAAUUAAAAACAAACAAACAAAAAACUUAACAAACAACAGGAAAAAAACAUCUAAGCCCCUCCACAGUUGAUGGGAAUGAUGUUGCUCCUUUGAGACUCUCAGAAGAUAGCCAUUUUAAAGACUAAUAUGUCUGCUGGAUGUUCCUGCCUGAUGUAGGUCAGGUUUCAGCUGCAGUCAAUUAUUAUAUAAAUAAUUAAAUCUAUGUAGUAACGUAAGAAGCAGUAAGUGUUCAGAGAGGGGAGGGCAAGUGUGAGUGUUGAUAUAACCAGCCUGCUUUGGGAAAGAGGGAAUUUGAAUUGUUUUCUAGAAAAUUGGCUUUGGAUUGCUUGGUUUUUGAGAAAGGCAGGGAGAAGACUCCAAUAGUCACCUAAAGGCAUGCUUUCAAAGAGGUUUCAAGCACCUUUAGUCACAAAUUUUCAAAUAAUGUCAAAUUUUAAAAGAAACCUACCCAGAUCAGCAGUCUUUGUAUUAGAAGACAGGCUUUCUUUACGUACCCCGCAUGUUUGAAAGUUUCCAGGUUUUCUUGAAUGUAGUCCUGACAUUUGCAAAUAUAGUUGUAGUUUUUAAAAAUACGAAUGGGUAAGGAGUGGGGAGGGGGGAAGACUGAAGCAAGAUAGUCAGCAAGCUCAUAUAUCCAGUACAGGCCUUCUGAAGUUCAUGCAUCACAAUCCCACCUAAUUUGGAGCCCGUCCUUCCCAGCCUGCUGGGAUCCUGUUGGCAGAAAUCGCAUCCUUUCUGCUAAAGGCCACCAAAUGUUCAUCAGCAGUUCAAUGCUAUCCCAAGGGAUGGAACCUUUUCAGCCUUGCAUUGAACAGAUCCCACAUUAGCAAGCCAGGGCAAGUUGCCCAUCUAUUGAAAAGCCGAAUGCUUUAAAAGGGCAAGUGUCCAUCUCCUGCUUCCUUUUAGAAUGGGGAGGGGGGGAAAUGCAUGCAUAUUCUGGCUUCUUCCCUAACUAAGUGAACAGGUUCAGUUAUACCAAUGCCGUUUUACCUGUUAUGAUUGGAUAAAAGAUAAAGCUUGCAGUACAGAUGGCAGAACAUAUGACUGUUACCUGCCAGCAUGCCUAGAUAAACAAAAAGUUGGUCUACUCUGCCUUCCGUCCUUUAAUGCUGAGACAACAUAAUUGAUUUGAGAAAGCAGUUGGUGAGCAAUUAUGCUGGUGGGAAAGCAUGCUGAAAGGCUGUGUGCUUCUGCUUCAGGAAAGGGGACUCUCAGAGGAAGCGUCUUCCAUACAGACGUUUCUAUUCCUUGUAACAGUUAAGCAAGUUGAAAUGGAUUAACACUGAUCACUUCCUGUCCCUGCUGCCAUUUAACACAUUAGUGCUUUCAAAGGGCAUUAGCUGCACAGCCUUACUCUGUGGAUAACUGUUGAGGCACUCUGUGAAGAAGUAGUAUGUUUUUUUUUUGCAGGUGUGAAAAGAAAAACGUACCCGAGUCAUGCCACUGAAGACAUAGUAGCCAUGGAUUAUUGUGUUACCGGUGCUUGGUAUUCUGUCAUUAGUCCCAUGGCCCCAGAUUAGUCCAGAAAGGAAUAGUUUCUGUCUUCCUGCUCUUGGAAGAUAAGUUCAAGGCACAAGCAGGGAAUGAGAGAGGUUGGAGGCCACUAUGAAAAACCAGGAUAAGAUUUUGGAGGGAUCCAGAGGACCUAAUUGAAGAAUCACAGCAUAUGGUAAAAUGACAACUUCUGAUUUUUCAUCACAGGCUAAAACUAGAUGGGAGAAAUAGAAAGCUGAAUUCUGUCCAGUGUGAACAUUCUCACUGAAGCCUUUGUAUGCAGCAUAACUAGUGAAGCAGAUAAGCUCUGAGUGUCGCUGGCCCUGCUCCAGCUGCAGAGAGAGAUGGUGUGUACGUCUUUCUGCAUCAGCUGCUGCAGGAUAUGUGUUUCUCUCUUGGGUCAGAGUCAUUCCACAGCUUAUAUGCUGUGAUACUGCACAGUUCUCCUCCAAGCACUGUGCUGGAAAUCCAGUUUGGUUAAUGGAAAGCUUUUCUAUGAAAUGUGACUUAAAACCCAAAGUACUCUAUCUGUCCAUAAAAUCUGCAAGCCACUUGUUUUUUAAAAGCUUUUGGCCCCUUCCCUGUUUGCUCGGCUAACCCUCCAAUUAAUAUGCAUACAGCUCAAGUGCACUGAGCGCUGCUGCUCCUUUGCUACUGCAGCACGCGAUAAGUAUAGGUUCAGGCAGCGAACCAACAUAGUAAUAAACUGUAAUUGUUUAGUGCACCUUGCCUUCUAAUACAAUUUAAAUCCCUUCUAUCAAAUGCAAAUUUCUAGGUUCCUGAGUGGAGCUUUAAAUAGCAUUUUCUAUGCUCAUUCCUUAUCUUUUGCCAUCCACAAAGUGGUCUGUUAGUGACAUUGGGAUGGCAUCAUUCCACCUCCAUCAUUUUACCUCCUAAAGGAAAGCUGCCUACUCAAAUCUAGAAAUAAUGGGCUAGAUUAAGAGAGAAUUAGUGGGGUUUUUUUUGUACAGCCUAUCUCUUUCUCUUGCCCUCCCCAAGCUAUUAUAACCCAUGUGUAUUAUCGCCAAAUGUUUUUUCAGCAUCCAGUAUUGCUUGCAGUAUGCAGUCUAAUCAGUGUAAUAUUUUAAUCACUUUCAUUUUAAUAAAUCAGAGUCAACUUCCAGCAUGCUCCCUUUCUUACAAAGAACUUGAUAUAGCUUAGGACCGUGGAAUGGCUCACUAGGCAUAUAGUUUGUCUACCCAUUGGGUUGAAUGCCAAAUCCUUUGCUGAGUAGCAGUUGCUUUGGAAAUCACUUAGUCAUUGACCUGUUGUGGGCUAAAAUGCAAGAAUAUCCGACUUAGUAAUGAUUUGCCUUAUCAAAGUUUUCAACAAGAAGCAGAGAAGCUUAAGUUGGUCUGCUGGGGACAAGAGGCAAAGGGGUGGAUGGAGUGAGGAACAGCCUUACGAGAUUGAUGGGCUGCAAUCUGUAUGCCAGAUCUGAAGAGGCUUUGAAGAGGGGGGGCUGUUAUUUAGAUUGUACAUCGUGUUUGAACUUUACUGUUACUUAGUAGCUUGCCAAAAUGGAGAGAAAUCUACCUAUUGGGGUUGGGAACCUAUUUCUGGGGAUAAAAUAACAGAGGUUUUAGCUCUGCUCAGUAUUAAAUAGUCUGUGCUAAAUUCCCUUUCACUAUUACCUCAGCUGUAAAAUGGGAAGUUUGUGCUCUAUUGAAGCUUAAUUAAAUGACUGUAAAGUGCUUUGGGAUCCUGAAGUGAAUGUUACUGAAAUUUUCUUGUGGAAGCCUGGCUGAAAAUUCCCAUCUCAUCUCCAGAUUACUAAAAAGGCCUUAUUCUAACAUUUCUAGAUUUAUUAUGUUUUAAUCAGGCAGUUAUUAAGCAAGUCUUAAACUUAUCAAGGUAGAAACCUUGUACAUUCGUAAGACUAUUGAAAAAGACAAUGCUUUAUCACAGAUCUUUACUACAGACAUUCCCACAUUGGGCCCUUUAUGCAGUUUAUGUCUCUUGAAUGAUCUGGGUUCAUCAUACUCGUACUUCAAGGUAUGCUAGCCAGCACUGUUAACAUCUGUCAUGUUGUUUUCAUUCCCUCCCCAGGAAGUAAGGUGGUGCAGUGGUGUAUGCAACUUGGCAAUGGGAAAGAUUGUAUGGUGCUAGGCAUAGCCUGUUACAUAGUGCUGAUCUUCCUGAUUUUUAAACUUCAGUGUUUUCUGGAACACUGAACUACGCAGCAAAAUUCCUAGCUUUUUAGCAGUGGCUACUUAAUUGUAUGAACCUUGUAAUGUGGAAUCUCUGGGUCAUAGAAAACCUAACCAUUAAGCUAAUUACUUUGCUGUUACAGAGUGAUCAUUAUCAGGAUGCUGACAAUGUAUCAAGAGAUUUUUUUAGGAGGCAAGAAAUUUGAGGAAAGUUUUAAAUUGGUGGAACAACUUCACUGCUUGGCUGCAGUGAAACCAAUUGAAUCGAAGAGAGAACAGCAUUUCUGUGGGUUAUAUUAAUGAGCUACUUCAGUGACAGAAAUGGUGCCUGGUUUUGGUGAUGGUCUCCAGUAGCAGCAGAGACUGGUCUUUGCCCGUUUCCUUUGAGUGUCCAUAAAUUAGUGUUGUGGGAAGUGAUCAAGAGCAUCUAAUAGGGAAUAUUAAGCACAAACCCAAAUGUUGUUCUUCAUUUCUGCUGCUUGCCUAUGGAAUUGAAGCAUCAUCAACCAAGACCCUUAAAAAGUGACGGCUGUAGCUCCUUCUGUUAGCAGUGUUGGCUUGCUAAAGACAUGUGAUUUGUUCCUUGUGUUUGUCUUCAGAGAGAAAUUCUCUGAAGUGCAGUGAUAAUUUGUCUGGAUGACAACAUGGAGGAACUGUAAUCCUUCUCCUUGCUUGAUCAAUGUGGAGACUGUGCUUUUUCUUUGUGUUUGUUUCCGUGCAGUUCUGGGUGAUUGCUUCUGACAGAGAGCUCUCUGCAGGUGAGGUGUGCGGAUCUGAGCCGCCUUCUCAUCUCCUCAGGGGAAGGUGUUCGCUGUUACUAAACAAGGUCCCCUUUGGUUCAUAAGGAUUUCCUCCUCCCUGUGAAACUUAUAUGGUCAAACAUUGGUGUAACAGCAUGGGACUGCUGCGAUUGGAUGGGGCAGGGAUGGGAUCUGGGAGUGCUUUGGGGAAAGGCUUUCCGUGCUUUCUGCACUUCUAUACCAGUCCACACAGCAGCUGUGAAACCCAUGGAUAGAUGUUGAAGUAACAAAAGCACCACUCACACUGCUGAAUUCUAACAGAUAUAUUUGUACUGUUGCACUGACUUCAGUUUCAGUUUGGAUGUUGCACCCAUGGCGUUGUUACUACAACUGCAGUUGCAUGAACUUGUCCCACUGAGCACUCCACCAGUGAACAUUUGCUAAGAGGUUGCUUUCCCUGUCUGCCUUGUUUUCACCACAGCCAUCUACUGUUUACAUACAUUUUAGCCUCUGUGCCAUUUUUGAAGGCUUUAUUUGUCUCAUUUACGUUUUUGGUUCGGAUAAUACUUAAAUAUGAAAUCCAUCUGUGAGGCAUAUUGUAUACUCACGUUGAGGGGUAAAACCGGUUUUUAAUUAAAAUUUUAUACAGCACUUGUA